UGGUCAGUUCAUUGUUGAGCGAUCGUGAAAGGAGAUCGGUGGUGGUUCGAUACUCGUUUACGGGGUGUACGCAACUGUCGCCGUCUGAUUGAAGUGAGUUGUGGUGCAGUUUAUUAUGCCUGCACAAUCAAUAGCAAAUCACGCGAAAACGGAAAUAAUAUCAACAUUGUGAUUUACACGGGGUUUUUUUUUUAAACAAGUUUUUUACGAGUAACGUGUGCAUAAAACAGUGCGCUCCAGUACAGUGCUUGAGCAGUGACCACAAGUGCGGGCGCGUGUACAAGCGGAUCGACGCUCGUUGCGCCGAAGGUGGGCCACACUGUGGAGUGUGGACGCACAGCCGCGUUACUUAACAAACAUCCGCCAUUGUUGGUGUAAACAGUAACAUAAUAGUAAUAACGCCAACAAAAACAGUACGGUGGGGUGGCCUCAAGAGCGCUUGGUUGCGGAAUGCUGAUGCGCGUUUCUUGCGGCAAGCCGUCGUGGGUGCGUUGAGUGUGUGCGGAGUGUGGUCAUGUUUGGUCGACCGUCCGGCAGCGCGGGCAAAACGGGGUGACCUCGGGUAGGAAGUGGCGGUCAGCACCAGAUCGCAAACAGCAUUAAAACAAUUAAGCUGCAGCUGUGGUCGUGUGUGAAGAUUCGGCGAUUAACCUUCAUCAGUUCGCGCAUGCAAUCGCGCAUGAUUUUGAUGCGCAACGGUGGUUGUGCGUGAAGGAGCGGUGCUAUUGUUGGGGUGUUGUUGCGGAUCAGCGUCUAGCCAGACUUACGAGUGAAGAAUCUAGUUACCUUUUGUGGGCGAAAAAAGCUACCGGGGCAUUUGUGUUCCUUCCCUUUCGUUUGUCUUCUGUCUCCAGAAUUAGGCACAUCAUCGUCUUCGCUUCGCUUGGGGCUUGGGGCCGGGCGCGCUUGGCCAGUCGCAUCAUCAUGAUUAUCAAGAAGCCUCCGGCGACGGACGACGCUUUCAUCGAGAGCAAUGUUGUUAAACGCUUUUCUCCGCUGGCCCGUCAGGUGCUGGCAGCUUCCGGUCCCAUCAUCAGCAGUGCCGCGGCCGGCAUGACGAACGGCUUCUCGGCCAUUCUACUCCCGCAGCUGCAGCAACCGGGCAGCAAACUGUCCAUCAGCGAGGAUCAAGCAUCGUGGAUCGCCUCGAUGGCCCCGCUGCCGAUGGCAGUCGGCUGCAUUCUGGGCGGCUUGCUGAUGGAACGCUGCGGCCGCAAAUCCGCUCACCUCCUACUAAACGUAUCGUUUGCCAUCGGUUGGUGUGUGCUGUCGAUGGCUGGCAGCUAUCCACAGAUCCUUGCCGGCCGGUUCAUCACCGGGCUAAGCUGCGGGCUGGUUGGACCGCCGGCCUCGGUGUACAUUGCGGAAACGAGUGAUCCACGCUACCGGGGCAUCUUGCUGGCCGGUGUAACGUUCGCCGUAUCGGGCGGCAUACUGUUGGCCCACCUGUUCGGCACCUUCUUUCGGUGGCAGACGGCCGCCCUGCUCUGCUCGCUGUUCAUGAUCGUUGCCUAUCUGCUGAUGCUGGUAUCACCGGAAAGUCCCGCCUGGCUGCUUGCACGUGGUGCCCGGGCCGAGGCGGAAUCAUCGUUCCGCUGGCUGAGAGGCUACGAUCCGGCCAGUCGGCAAGAGUUUGAUGCAAUGGUGGCAAGGACGGAGAGCGACGAUAAGAAAGCCAAUGCAGCGCAGGUGGAUUCGUCAGCUGAGAGUAGCUCGCCGUAUCGAAGGCGUGAGUUUCUCAUGCCACUGGCCACGCUACUAGUGUUUUUCGCGACGAUGCAGUUUUCGGGCGUCAACAUUGUGGCGUUCUAUUCGAUCGCUCUCAUGAAGACCACGAUCGGGAGCGACAGUUUGAACGAAUAUUUGGCAAUGCUGAUCGUCGAUCUGGUGCGCGUAGUAACGUCGCUCGUGGCCUGCAUCCUGUUACGCUCCGUCGGUCGGCGUCCGCUGGCAAUGGCAAGCGGUGUCGGCACGACCGUCUCGCUUAUCGGGCUGUCCAUUUUCCUCUACUUCCAAACGAGCAUCCCGCUGUACCGCAACUACUCCUGGCUGUCGCUCGUCUUUCUCAUCAGCUACAUCGUGUUCGUUGGCAUUGGGCUGUUCCCGCUGCCCUGGUGCAUGACGGGCGAGGUGUUCCCCGUCGCAACGCGCGGGCUCGGGUCGGGGCUGACGUCGUCGUUUAAUUUCGUGUGCUUCUUUGCGGUGAUUAAAACGGGCCCGACGCUGUUUGCGACGGUUGGCAUCAAUGGGACGUUCCUGGUGUAUGGUGUCAUUUCGUUGCUCGGGACGCUGCUGCUGUACGUGAUACUGCCCGAGACGAAGAAUCGCACGUUGCAGGAGAUUGAGGAACAGUUCCGCCGGGGGCGAAGGAAAGCAAAGGAUGCGGAAGCGUCGGGUGGACAGGCAGCUGGCCCGCCGAACGGAAUUGCCACCAUCGCUUGAGUGCCGAAAGAGUCUUCACUCGUUUGAUUGGCAGUGCUAGCUAGUUUUAAGAUAAUAUAAAGUGCAUAUUUUAUUGCUUCUUGUU